CCGCCUUGAGCGGAAGUGGAGGAGCAGCCGGAAGUGACCAGAUCACAGAUAGACCGUCUGACUGACAGACUUUGACAAGACCAACACCUGCGGAAAGGACCUGGUGGCCAUGGAGUUGGGCGAGCUGCUCUACAACAAGUCCGAGUACAUCGAGACGGCAUCUGGCAACAAAGUUAGUCGCCAGUCAGUGUUGUGUGGAAGUCAGAACAUCGUUCUUAAUGGCAAGACCAUUGUGAUGAAUGACUGUAUUAUCCGAGGGGAUCUGGCAAAUGUAAGAGUUGGACGUCACUGUGUGGUGAAAAGUCGGAGUGUCAUAAGGCCACCAUUCAAGAAAUUCAGCAAAGGUGUUGCAUUCUUUCCUUUACAUAUCGGGGACCAUGUCUUCAUUGAGGAAGAUUGUGUGGUCAAUGCAGCUCAGAUUGGCUCUUAUGUUCACGUCGGCAAGAACUGUGUAAUUGGGCGCCGGUGUGUGUUGAAAGACUGCUGCAAAAUUCUUGACAACACAGUAUUACCCCCAGAAACUGUGGUCCCACCAUUCACCGUCUUCUCAGGCUGCCCAGGACUGUUUUCAGGGGAGCUCCCAGAGUGUACCCAGGAGCUGAUGAUUGAUGUCACCAAGAGUUACUACCAGAAGUUUUUGCCCUUGACACAGGUCUAGCAUCCCUGCCUCACGUCUCGAAUUUGCUUGAGCUAUAAGAUGAACUUGGGGACAAAGCAAGCCAGGCAACAUCUACAAAGAGCUCUUGUGUAUGACCACUUCCACACUCCCUUUUUUGUUUUUGUUAAAUUCUUUAGAGUUUCUCAAUCCUUCCGGGCUCUGAGCUUUCAAGACUUUAAUAACAGAACGUCUGGAGGAGUUGUCUUCAAAUGCUGUAUUUAAACCUUAUCUAUUAACAGUCACUUCAUACCAUUAUCUGUGAAACACAGAAUCAUCUGUUCCCAGCUUUCCCACCCCUUGGUCCCGUGGAUAACUGGAUCCUGCCUGGGACAGGCCUACAGAGCCCCCUGCCCCCAGUGGAGGUUAGGAAGCUGGUGUGCCACUCAUGGCUGUAAGCUCCUAAGCUACCCACAGUGAACACCACUCACUCAGAUUGCUCUCGGCUUUUCUGCUGCUAACACAUUUGGCCAGUUGCCACAAUGCCUCAUAAUCUUGGGUUUGGGGGGAAGUGUUCAUGACUCUUCAAAGCCUGUAAUCUCUUUGCUACUAAAACUUGACGGAGGGGUUGUUAGUAUUUCUCUUCUUCCUAAAAUGACUUUAACUGUCAUUUUAACCCAGGGUGAGUAAUAAAAGACUAACAUUCUCUUCUAGGGCCUUUGGCUUUCACUAAGGGGGACCCUCGGCACCCAAAUUUUAUAUUUGCAAAGACCCAGGUUUGAGUCUCCCACGUGGAUGGACUAGUCUGGCAGUCACUCCUGGCCUCAUGGUAUUUGGGGGCAGUAGUAUAUGCCUUGUUUCAUUGAAGACAUAGCAUUUGUGACACUUGUUCUCUGGCCUAGAACUGUUUAACCCACUCCGAAUUUGCCAUAAACCUCACAGUUCAGACCGAAAUAUCUGUACUUGCCCUCAGUCACAUAUAUACACGGGGGCCUCUUAAAGUCAUUCCAGGCACAGAUCCCCAAGGAGUAAUUGAUGUUGCCAAUGCCCUUACCACUUCCUUCUGGUAACAGCACAACCCUUCCUGGUUCUGCUCUGACCUCUUGGUUUAGAAGAAAGAUUUAGAAGUGAAGACCUGAAAAGUUUGACUUAGCUUAAUACUCUGAUUCUUCUGUGAAUAGGGUAGGGCAGUUCAGCCUUGAAGGCUAGGGUUUAGCAGGAGCAGUCUUGGCUUAAUUAUCCAGUUGUGAGGGCUGCUAAAAUAGCUGUAUGUAAUUAUCUCUACUAGUUCAAUGUAAAACUGUUUUCUGGUUUGUCUUUUUUUUAUGUUCGUACAUUAAAAGAUGGAUACAUGAAGCAAGUCA